AUGGCUGUGAAGCAGUUCUUGUUGUUGGCAACUGGUUCUUUGCUAGCUCCAACAUUUGCUCGCAUCUGUAAGCUGGACUUUGCUGAGUACUUGUGUGGGAGGGUGGAAGACAUUGCGGUGUAUAAUUGGAAUGCUUAUGUUAUACGUGAACUGAAGGUGAAGUUGGCUGCUGCCAAGAGAAAAGAACCUGCUGCUAGGGCUAUGAGCAAAAAGAACUUGUGGGUUCUUGGGGAUGUCCACUUCUUGCUACUCCAUUUGCUAGACUUCCUUAGUGUGCGUGGGUUGCACACCAAAACCAUCCCUAGCUGCAACUAUUGGUGGAAGCAAAGGGUGGAGAAGGCAUGUCUAGCUGUCCCCAAGAUUGACGGAGAAAGAUAUGACUUGGCUGUCGUGUUGCUGAGUAGGGAAGAAGUCACCUACCGCUCCGAGAAACAGGACCCAAAGCUAGUUGAGGGUACUAUUGCACCAGCACCAGGGGCGAGCAGUUUAGCUCCUGCACCAUUGCACACCACAGAAUGGUGGGAGACUGAAGACUUGACCAUCCUUAGCAUAGACCAGCUUAAGGGAUUGAUGUCAAUGACUGAGAGCGUGAUUCAAAAGUGGGUGGCUCGGAGGGACAAGGUCCAACAGAUUGUCGAGAAUUUGGGCCAACAAGACAACAUUUGA